CAAAAGGCGCCAAACUCCCAAUAUGGCGUCGGGUAGUCCGUGCAUUUGCGGUGAUUGGCGUUUAUUCGGCGCUUUUUAGUGCUUUUUGUCCUCAGUAUUAGAUUUCUUGAUUACAGUUUAUUACAGCAACAUGUUGCUGGUGAAACGGUGCUGAUAUCUUUAUAAUGUGAUGUUUUUAGCUUUGUUAGGACGAUGGAGCUCAGAGGCUACUGAACCCUCGACUUGAAGUUUGUUUCCUGCUCACCGGAUGUUACUGUACGCCAUGUCCCGUGGAGCACUGCAGGGUGGCCGGGAAUUGAGGCUGCGGGUGCGACACAAGAAGCCAAAGCGUCUACUGCGCAGUUGGUACAACCUGGUCGGAAAGGACCAGGCCAUCGCUAAUGGAGUUGAUCCAGUGGAUGAGGUGGGAAAAGAUAAACGACACAACAGCCAUGAUAUGGAAGAACAGGUGCAAAGGGAUGUAAAGCAUCGUCAUAACAAUCAUGAGUUUUCUGGUAAUGCUCUUGGAAGCUCUGGUGAGCAUGGUGCUUCAGGCAAGGUGCGUCUCAACGGCAAUGUCUUUCAUAGUGGCCCACCAGAAAAGAUUGUCAAUGGAAAGUGCUAUGCUCCACGUUCAGAUCCUGGUGCCACGUGUGCUGUUGACAUAUCUACUGAUGGAGAGUCUGUCUAUGAUCAAGACAAUGACCUUGUCUGUAGCGUCUGCACCAUGGGCGAGUCUGAACCUCCUAAUGAGAUUGUCAUCUGUGACACUUGCAACAAAGGUUUUCAUCAAACAUGCCAUACACCCAAGAUAAGUGACCAGGUCCUCCUGCCAAAUAUACCAUGGCACUGCCGAAAUUGCGUUCCCGUGGGCUCUGUGCGGAAGAGUGCAAAAAACUACAAAAAUGGCGCCCCGGUACAGAUGUUCAAGCUUGGCUUUCCAUAUAAUAUGAAGACACUGCAGUGGGAUGAUCAGCACAAAGUGAACACCAAAAACUGCUAUUGCUACUGCGGGGGACCGGGCGAGUGGAAUAUGAAGAUGCUUCAGUGUCGGUCGUGCCGGCAAUGGUUUCAUGAAGCUUGCAUCCAAGGCCUUGAAACUCCACUGCUAUAUGGUGACAGCUUUUACUACUUUACAUGCUCUGUGUGCAAUAAUGGGCCAGAAGUUGUCAAGCGGAUGCCUCUGACUUGGAUGGACAUUACUCAUUUGACAUUGUACAACUUGGUCAUGGAGCGUCGAAAGAAGUAUUACGACUUAGAUGAUGUAAUCCUUCCAUACCUCAACUCUAUAUGGCUGGCCUUGCAGUUGCCAUCUGAAAUUUUUCGGUGUUCUGUCCGGGAAAGGCGAACAAACAUUUAUGGGUGCCUGUGCAGUGAUAGGGCCAGGUUUAAAUCCGGCAAGGAAGUUAAGAAGAGAACGUCGUUGUGGGGACUUCGAAACAGAACUGCUCCUCCCAUUCCUGGGGAAGAAGCACCAAGGGAACAUCGAAGUGUUGCGCCUGCCUUGCCUCCACGAGCACCACUUUCCAAGGCUGCUCCAGGUGUCCGUGUAUUCAGGCGUGGUGUUGUAAAGAACAUGGUUGGAAUGCGAGGUCGAGAAAAUGGCCAGAAGAAAGCAAGGAGGAAAAGGCUUCAGAGCAGUCGCAUGAAGAACAAUGCCAGCCAUUCCGGCAAGUUGUCCAAUGGCCUAGGCAGAAGCAAGGCUCACAUUCACAGUUGUAAGAUCCCACAUGAUCCAUUUGCCAGUGAUGAGGAAGCUGUGAGUUCAAGUACUGGAGAGGGCAGCACUUUCUUGGAUGCCUUCAUACCACCUCUACGAGAUUUUCAUGGUGGCAACCAUCCAUUCCGUGAUGAGGUGCUCUUCCCACCGCCUCCUCUGCCGAGGCCAAGGCCUGGGAGGCCCCCAAAAAAGCGCACACUCCCAGUGCCACUCAAGCCAACCAAGCUCAAGUUGCGUGGUUCCCAACGGAGAUUGAUUUUUGGUGCUGCUGACACAGACUCGGAAGACUGUAGCAGUAUGAGCAGCACCUGUACAACCAGUACUGGUAGUGCAACCAGCUCUAGCACCUCAUCCAGCUCUGGUGCUACUAGCAGCACUAGCACCACAACCAGCACUGGCAGCUCAGAUGUAGACUGCAACAUCUCAGGCCGAGGAUCACUGCGGUGGAAGGAGUCGCUUCGCAGUAGUGAGGCUGCCAGUGGUGAAAAGAGCCGCUUCAGUGUACUGGCCAGACGCAUUUCCAUGGACGGAAAAGUGCAGUACCUCAUAGACUGGGACAAUUGUGGGAGCAGAACAUGAUGGAAGGACGAUCACAUGACACUCUUCAGGACUUUCUUUUUCUUGACUGUGUGUUUGCUGGUGUGUGUGUGUGUGUGCGCGUGUGUGAUACUUUCACGUGGUGGUGCAUUGUGAAAUUGGCCAGGAAUUCCAAGGAGCUGGUUUGUUGAAGCACCGUUGUACAGGCAGCUGCUAUGGACUGCUUGAGUUUGUUUUCUUUUUCUUCUCUGUCUUUUUGAAUGUUGCAUUUUUUAAUGAGUUGUUAGAUCUGCACAUAUAUGUGAAAACAAGCCCUUACGAAAAUGAAAUAUGCAGAACUCAUUGGUGAGGAGGUGCCCUCUGCUAUUUCUCGGAACAUAUGGCAACAAUUCGAAAUGGAGUUUGAGCAUGUUUUAUCACUCACGUUGCCUUUUGAAAGACUUCAUAUUGAUUCCAGAGUUGUCUGUGUUUAGUAUGUAUUUGGUGACAGCAAUGUAAUGUGAACUGAAUUUGGCUCUCUCUACAACUGCCAACAUAAAUAGAGGUUGCAUUGUUUCUGCAAGUGCUAGCAACAGACACGCCAAGCAAGGUCUGCCAGCUAUAGUAUAGUUACGUGAACAACUUUUUGUACACCAUUUUCUACAGCUAGUUCCUAGAUAAAUUACAGGUUUGUAAUAAAGACAAAUGAAUCUACCAAUUUUCUAAUGUCUGCACAACUUAAUACGUAUUACCUGGGAAGACUUAUUUCUCCUCAGUGUGAUACAGGACCUGCCAUGCUUUCUGGUAUGUGAGCCAACUGCAACGUUAAUGUCAAUCAGUUAAUGCUCUUGAGGCACCAUAUGUGUUUUACAUCUGCUGAAACACUGCCAUUUUGCUUUCUAGGGUUUAUACAUUUCUCCUAGUCUUAUUUGCUUUUCUGGGGGAGGGGAAGGGGAACGAGUCGUUGGCUAGCUUUUUUUUUUUUUUCAACUUGCUCUCCCAACACUUACUUUUUAUUAUUUUUAUCUUGCAGUGAUUAUUGAUUUUUUUUUAUUGCAUAUUUUUUUGUUCACAUGCACAUGCUUGCUUAUGAUAGUUUCAUAUUGGAUAAUGCCAAUUGGAUGAACUUGACACUGUUGACAGUGUAGCAGUUAAAGGUUCAGUGAAUUUCACAGUGUGGAUUUAAAACCUCCUUCAGCACUUAGCCUAAAAUGCCUUCUCUGCAUUUCAGUAUUUUACAGUGCACUUUUGUUUUUGGCUGUGGUACAAUGUACUUAAGUGCUUUUCAUUCGGUAGUGGGCCUUGCUAGCACUGCACAUUAAGUAUGAACCAAAGAGUAAUGGACUCCAUCAGAUGUUACUGGGUGUUUGCAUCAAAGUGCUGUUAUAGUGAAAUAAAGUUAUAUUUACGAGUU